AUGAACUACAGUAGUUCGAAUAUCCUGCCGCCUCAGCCUGGUGUUGGCGAGUCUCCAGCUGGCGACUUUCCGCCGACCGCCCCGUAUGACGCCCAGGGCCCAGCAACCAGUGGGCUCUACCGCCCCAGCACAAACGCCUACCAGGUGGGCUCAACAUAUUAUAACGUUACCCCCAGUGCUCAAGAGCAGGGCACGCCGCAUAGAUAUUCCAUGCCCAUGUCGAGUUCGGGUGCGACCACGCCGGUCCGCAGCCAGGUGCGUUCGUGGUACGGUGGCUACAACGGUGCCGAGUUGUCGACGACAAAUCCUGCGUAUCCGUCGAGUCCACAGACGCCUUCCAGGCGCCCCAAAGCACGGCAUGAAUACUGGACGUCGCCCAGCCGCGAGCCUUCGCGUCAAAUCGGACAAUCCCAGUACAUGUUUCCGCCCGGAAGCAUUCCCCCACUGAACUCAUCACGCAAUUUGCAGCCGCCACUUGCUCACAGCUCCACGUCUCCUCUAGAUCAAGCAAAUUAUGGGUCGCUGGCAGCCCGUAUUCCUAUGCAUCAACAACUGCCGCCCCAACAGCAGCAGCAGAACAUCAAGGUAGACUCUCAAGGAAGGUCUCUCUCUCAAUCGAGUCUGUACGAGGCGCAGGUGUACCCUCCGGAAUAUGGCCAGAUGUAUCCGCAGCAAGCGUUUCAGCCACCACUUCCCCCGCAAGCUGUACGGCCAGUAAUGAACCCCAUUACGGACAAAAACCAGCUUAUGCCGGUUCCAAUGCCGGUACCAAAAUAUAGAAGAGCUUUGCCGGAAGGCGGCUUUGUGAGUCCGCUAAUGGCCGUGACGACCUACCUCACGUCCACUUAUCACAUUUGCGACCCCAACUUCAAUUACAGUCUGUCUCGCAAUCCACGACGUAUUCUCACAGAGCCACGUGAGGGCAAGCUGAACAAUGGCUUUGACAACGAGGAAAGUGACUAUAUUUUGUGGGUCAACGAUAUCCUGGGCACCGAUGACAACCGGCGGUAUCUUGUGUUGAAUGUGCUUGGAAAAGGCACGUUUGGCCAAGUCGUUAAAUGUCAGAACAUGCUCACAAAAGAGGUUGUGGCCGUCAAGGUGAUCAAGAACAAACCCGCGUACCUGAACCAGAGCAUGAUGGAAGUAUCCAUUCUCGAACACAUUCAAACGCAUGUCGACAAGGACGAUCGACACAAUCUUCUUAGACUGAAGGACAAAUUUGUCCACAAAGAGCAUCUGUGUCUGGUUUUCGAGCUCCUGAGCUCCAAUUUGUACGAGGUCAUUCGCAAAAACCAGUUCCACGGUCUUAGCAUUUCGCUGGUCAGGACGUUUGCCACCCAGCUAUUAGACUCUCUGAGCGUUCUCAAAAAUGCUCGUCUUAUUCACUGUGACUUGAAACCAGAAAACAUUCUGCUCAAGCGCAGCGAUUCCACGACUAUCAAAAUCAUCGACUUUGGCUCGGCGUGCCACGAGCGCCAGACCGUUUAUACUUAUAUCCAAUCGCGGUUCUACAGAUCCCCCGAAGUGAUUCUGGGGCUUCCUUAUACAUCCUCGAUUGACAUGUGGUCUUUAGGAUGCAUCAUUGCCGAACUCUUUCUGGGACUGCCCAUUUUCCCGGGCACGUCCGAAUAUAACCAGUGGAGUCGUAUUGUAGACAGCCUAGGGCUCCCGCCCAACUGGAUGAUAGAAAUGGGAAAGAACAGUGACAACUUUGUCAAAAAAUACAUUGAUGAACACGGUCAAAAACGAUUCCGUCUCCGAACCCGCAAAGAACAAACCCAGGAGUUUGGCGGAGAAGAGAAACCCAGCAAACAGUAUUUCAGCUCAACCGACAUUCGACAAACCAUCAUGACCUACCCGCUUCCGUCGAACGAUAUGAGCAAAGAGGAUAUCGCGGCCGAGAUGGAACAGCGAGAGGCGCUGGCUGAUUUCAUCAAGGGUCUGCUCAACUUCAACCCAUUCGAGCGAUGGACUCCACAACAAGCUAUUCGCCAUCCAUUUAUUACCGGCUGUCAUUUCACGCAGCCUUACAUUCCAGGUCCUCCUCGUAGUGAGGAAAAGCAGCUUCAGGGGUUCCCCGAAUACGACUCUGUUCCUGCAGCCGUUCCGCCCCAGCAGCCCACCAUGGCGGACCCCUACUCACUUUCACAAAAGCAGCAGCGGAUUCCACCGUUGCAGACGCAGCAAUACCAAAGGAAGCCGGCGCGGGCUCGAGCCGCGACGAUUGGCCAGCCUGAUCCGGUUCCCGGACCCAUACAGCGUGCAGCAGCCAUGGUGAACCCAGCCAAUGCAAUCCACGCACAAGCCAGCCCGGCAUACGUGCCGCCACCAGAGAUAUAUAAAAACCAGCCCUUUUCAUAG